CCUAGUUUAGCUGUGCUAACUUCCGCCGGAGCUGCCGUCCAUUAUUUUGUUUCGAAUUUCAAACCAAAACAAUGGCGGGCAAAGGUGAAGGUCCGGCUAUCGGAAUAGAUCUUGGUACGACUUACUCUUGUGUUGGUGUAUGGCAACACGAUCGUGUUGAGAUCAUAGCUAAUGAUCAAGGUAACAGAACCACUCCUUCGUAUGUUGCAUUCACCGAUUCAGAGCGUUUAAUCGGAGAUGCGGCGAAGAAUCAGGUGGCGAUGAAUCCUAUCAACACCGUCUUCGAUGCGAAGCGUUUGAUUGGUAGGAGAUUUACCGAUGCCUCGGUUCAAAGUGACAUCAAACUAUGGCCCUUCAAGGUUAUUUCUGGCCCUGGUGAUAAGCCAAUGAUCGGUGUGGAAUACAAGGGAGAGGAAAAGCAGUUCGCUGCAGAGGAAAUCUCUUCCAUGGUUCUUAUAAAGAUGCGUGAAAUUGCUGAGGCCUACCUUGGUGCUACGGUUAAGAACGCCGUUGUCACAGUACCUGCCUACUUCAAUGACUCUCAGCGUCAGGCCACCAAGGAUGCCGGAGUCAUUGCAGGCCUCAAUGUGAUGCGUAUUAUUAAUGAACCCACGGCAGCUGCCAUUGCUUAUGGUCUUGACAAGAAGGCAACCAGUGUCGGUGAGAAGAAUGUUCUCAUUUUUGAUCUCGGUGGUGGAACUUUUGAUGUUUCUCUUCUUACCAUUGAAGAGGGUAUCUUCGAGGUUAAGGCCACAGCUGGAGACACUCACCUUGGUGGAGAGGACUUCGAUAACAGAAUGGUGAACCACUUCGUCCUGGAGUUCAAACGUAAGCACAAGAAGGACAUCACUGGAAACCCCAGGGCUCUCAGGAGGUUGAGAACCUCUUGUGAGAGGGCGAAGAGAACUCUCUCUUCCACUGCUCAGACCACUAUUGAGAUUGAUUCCUUAUACGAGGGUGUUGAUUUCUAUGCCCCCAUCACUCGUGCCAGAUUCGAGGAGCUCAACAUGGAUCUCUUCAGGAAGUGUAUGGAGCCUGUGGAGAAGUGUUUGAGGGAUGCAAAGAUGGAUAAGAGCACAGUCCAUGAAGUUGUCCUUGUCGGUGGAUCUACCAGAAUUCCUAAGGUGCAGCAGCUGUUGCAGGACUUCUUCAACGGGAAGGAACUCUGCAAGAACAUCAACCCUGAUGAAGCCGUGGCGUAUGGUGCUGCAGUUCAAGCUGCGAUUCUCAGCGGCGAAGGCAACGAGAAGGUUCAGGACCUUUUGCUUCUGGACGUUACCCCUCUUUCCCAGGGUUUGGAGACAGCUGGAGGUGUCAUGACCGUGUUGAUUCCAAGGAAUACCACCAUUCCCACAAAGAAAGAGCAAGUUUUCUCCACUUACUCGGACAACCAACCCGGUGUCCUGAUCCAGGUGUACGAGGGUGAGAGGACAAGGACCAGGGACAACAACCUUCUUGGCAAGUUUGAGCUCUCUGGAAUCCCACCUGCUCCCAGGGGUGUUCCGCAGAUCACUGUCUGCUUCGACAUUGAUGCCAAUGGUAUCCUGAAUGUCUCCGCCGAGGACAAGACCACUGGACAGAAGAACAAGAUCACCAUUACCAACGACAAGGGUAGAUUGUCCAAGGAUGACAUAGAGAAGAUGGUUCACGAUGCCGAGAAGUACAAGUCAGAGGAUGAGGAGCACAAGAAGAAGGUGGAGUCGAAGAAUGCUUUGGAGAACUAUGCGUACAACAUGAGGAACACAAUUAAAGAUGAGAAGAUAGCAUCUAAGCUAGCUGCAGCAGACAAGAAGAAGAUAGAGGAUGCUAUUGAGCAAGCUAUUCAGUGGCUCGACAGCAACCAGCUUGCGGAAGCUGAUGAAUUUGAUGACAAGAUGAAGGAGUUGGAGAGCAUGUGUAACCCAAUCAUCGCUAAGAUGUAUCAGGGUGCAGGGGCUGAUAUGGGUGGAGAAGGCAUGGAAGACGAUGCACCUUCGGCUGGUGGAAGCGGUGCUGGCCCCAAGAUUGAAGAAGUUGAUUAAGUAUGUCUUUCUUUUUUUC